AUGGCAAACUUGGUGAGACAGUUCUUGUGUGACGAGACGAGAAUCUACGAAGAAAUGUCAUGGGUGAUAGGAUGUAUCGAGGAUCUGGAAGGUUCUUUGACCAACAGUCGCUUGACAAAGGCAUUGCUUUUGGAGAUAUCCAGCCUCUUGCGGCAAAGCCGCGACUUGCCGAUAGAGCGGAUCUCUCAAAUGAUCUUUGCGUGCGAGGUCCUGCGGCGUAUGGAUUUGGAGGAAUUGGACGAUGGGGACGAGGAAUAUUGGGACGGGCAGGCUGUUUGCAUCGUGCAACUUCGCUGUGCUGUUCGACUUGCUGUCUAUGCCAGAGAUGUGUCAGGCUUGCUGCACCAGAUCCUCCCAGACACUUGCCCGCAAAGUUUGCCGUCAGUCCCCACGGAAGAUGCACAGCCACUCCGGAACGAUGCCGACCAGCAGUUCGAAGAGGUAGUGGAACACGAUGAGCCCCCGGCGUUUCGUGACCCGGAGCUGCUUCGAGAGCAGGAAGAGCACGAUUGGGCAGAUAGGGUAGUGGAUCGGAUCCUUUCCCCGCCGUGCUUCGAGGAGGACGCUGGGAACGAGGAGCAGCAUGAGGCGGUUUGGAUGUUGCCCUUCAAGCGCACUCCCAAGGAAUUCACUGAAGCUCUCCUCCAUGGCCCCGAGCUGCAGGCCGUCCGCGAGGAGAUGGCGCAACAUGGCUGUCCGGUUGUCCUUGCCCAUGGUGCUAAGAUCUUUGUUCGACCUCACCAGUAUCACGAGGUCCUUCAAGAGCUUGAGUUGCACGGUGCAUCGCUGAAGGCAUCCCAUGUGAUCAUCAUGGAUAGCCUCAAGACGUCCCUCGAGGAGAUCAUAGGCCGGCUCCCUUCAAAGCUGAAGUGCAAGGUGAACGAAGCUGCGGUGGAAUGUGUCAAAACAGCUUCCUUCCAUCGGCCGCACAACUCGCAUCAUGAGGGCGGCGAGGACUGGAUUCAGGUGGAGGAGUUGCUUGCAGUCGAGAAGACCUUCCUGUGCAAGGUCCGGCGCUUCAAGCGGCUCAAUGAAGUGAGCCAGUCCACACGUGACUCACGCAAAGGCACCAAUCCUCGGCGCUAUGAGUUGAGCUCGGAUUUCAGCUAG